ACCUGUCAAUUAAAAUUAUCCAACUGCAACAUUGCAACGUCUUCAAUAUUUAUUUGACUAUCUAAAUUAUUACCCAAGAAAAGUAUAUAAAAUUCCAAAUUGCCUUACAAAAUGCCUUCCAAACUGUCGCCGCGGUCGUCCUCGAUUCCGGAAACGGUUCAGGUGGCGGUACGGAUUCGUCCCCAGUUGCCAUACGAGCAGCAGCUCGGCUAUCAAGAUGUGGUGGAGCAAACGGCACCAGAUGAACCGGAAAUUCGGGUCCGGAACCAGGAAAUUUUCCGAUUCAGUCACGUGUUCAAUUCUUCGAUCGGGCAAACGGAAAUCUACGAAACGGCCGUCCGGUCGAUCACAAACAAACUGGUGGAUGGAUUCAAUGUGACGAUUCUGGCUUACGGUCAAACGGGUUCUGGCAAGAGUUACACGAUGGGAACUUCCUUCGAUGGAAUGUAUAAUGAACAGAUGGGAAUCAUCCCGCGGGUUAUGGUGGAUCUGUUUGAUCAGAUGGUUGAAUGUGGGGACAUCCGGAGUGCUGUUACCUGUUCAUUUGUGGAGCUGUAUCAGGAAAAUGUGUACGAUUUGUUUUCGUAUAGGAAUCGAUUCGAGAAAAUGAUGGGCAUUAGAGAGGAUGUUACCGGUGUGAUCAUUCCUGGACUAACAGAAAUUCAGGCUUCAACUGCCGACGAAGUUCUACGGUUGUUGAUCCAGGGGGCAAGUGCUAGAGCCGUCGCUUCAACCUCAAUGAAUAAGGAAUCUAAUCGGAGUCACACCAUUUUUACCCUCAACAUUCGCCAAGUCAAGGAGGAAAAAUCAGUGACAGUAUCCAAGCUGCACCUGGUAGAUCUCGCUGGUUCGGAACGAUCCAAAAAGACUAGAGCCUCCGGCAAUCGCCUGAAGGAAAGUAUCCAGAUCAACAAGGGCUUGCUAGCACUAGGGAAUGUAAUUGCUGCCUUGGGUUCCAACAAAAAUACCAAAGGGUACAUCUGUUAUCGAGAUUCUAAGCUAACGAGAUUGCUCCAAAACUCUCUGGGAGGUAACUCAAUAACCCUAAUGAUCGCAUGCAUUUCCCCGUCAAGCUAUAACCUCGAUGAAACCCUCAGCACCUUAAGGUACGCUGAUCGUGCCCUCAAAAUCCACAACAAGCCAACCAUGAACGUCGGAAUAGAAUCACUAAGCAGAGAGGAAAUCCACCGGCUAAAGAUAGAGAACGAUGAACUUCGAGCUGCCUUGGUCCAACUACAGAACACUCCUCCCUUGCCGGUGUCCAAAGAUGACCGAUGCAUCCGGAAGCUACAGGAAAAAAUCCGGAUGAGUAAUGCCCAACUGAGGAAGGUCAACAGCAAAUCGAAUAGGCUCGAACACCGGGCAGUUCAAGCUGAAAAUACCCUCCAACUGAUAUUUCAACUGCUCUCCCUGGAUGAUAUCAGCAACUUCAAGGAUCAAACCGGUGACAUCCUGUGGCGAUAUCGGAAGGAAAGUGAGGCUUGGAAUAGUUCUGAUAAGAAACACAAUAAAACAUAA